AGAAGAUGGUCGUGCGGUGUUGUUGCUCCUCUUCCUCCUGGUCGGCGGCCGGAGCAGCGGUAGCCGCGCGCGCCUCCGCAAACGCCCCUCCUCCCCGCUCCUCCUCGCCUUCGUCAAGGACGAGCCGCAGGGCCAUGGACCCUGCCGCCGGCGCCGGCCGCGGCCGCGUCCGCAUCGCAGUCGUCGGCGACGUGCACAAUGAUUGGGCCCUUGAGGAAGAUUCAAAGGCACUCCAGUUUCUUCAGCCGGAUUUGGUACUUUUUACAGGGGACUAUGGUAAUGAAAAUGUUGAACUUGUCAAAAGCAUUUCGGACCUUCAGUUGCCAAAGGCAGCAAUUCUUGGUAAUCAUGAUUGCUGGCACACAUAUCAAUUCUCAGAGAAGAAGGCAGAUCGUGUUCGUCUUCAGCUUGGAAGCCUUGGUGAGCAGCAUGUUGGGUACAAAUGUUUGGAUUUUCCAACAAUAAAGCUUAGUAUUGUUGGUGGGCGGCCAUUUUCCUGUGGGGGUGAUAGACUAUUUAGACCAAAGCUUCUAUUGAAAUGGGGUGUCAACGAUAUGGCUGGGAGUGCAAAGAAGAUAUACGAUGCUGCUACAAGUGCACCAGAGGGCCAUUCUGUUGUACUGCUUGCACAUAAUGGACCAACAGGUCUAGGUUCAAGAAUGGAUGAUAUCUGUGGGCGGGAUUGGGUACCUGGUGGCGGUGACCAUGGCGAUCCAGACCUCGAGCGAGCCAUCUCCGAUCUGCAAAGGGAAACCGGAGUCUCCAUCCCGCUGGUCGUGUUCGGGCACAUGCACAAGAGCCUAGCCUACGGGAGAGGCCUGAGGAAGAUGAUCGCCUUUGGAGCCAAUGGCACCAUAUACCUGAACGGAGCGGUUGUGCCCAGAGUGAGGUACGCGCAAGCGAGUCCCAGCGACGAGCAAAAUCACCCUGAGGGAUCGGCGUCGGUGGCUCCAACCUCGCGCGCCUUCACCAUCGCCGAUCUCUCUGAAGGGCGCGUCGAGAAGAUCUCCGAGGUCUGGGUGCUGGUGAGCGGCGACAGGACCGAGCUCGAGGAGGAGAUCGUAUUGUACAAGCAUCCGCGAGAGCAUAUGUGAUAUGUUAUGCGACGAAUAUGUAACUCCUGUGAAUGCUGUAAAUGUACUGGUGCGAUCAGUUGUUAAACGAGUGUUAUACUGCCUUACGCCAACGGAAAGCCCAAAGCAGCACUUACCAAA